CUAAGCCAGGUUCUAAACUCAGCAGUCAGUUCGGCUCUCCAACAGGCUGUUGCCAGGAGUUCCUUUAGUCUCAGCAUUAAAGCCAAAAGAUUCUAAUAAAACCUUUUUUAAUCAUCAAUAUUCAAACAAAAUACAUACAAAGAAUGGUGAAAACAUCAGGAAUGAUUGAAGAACGUGGGAGGACAGAAAAUAUCAUGGCCGAAAGAAGACAAUUGUUUGCAGAAAUGAGGGCCCAAGACUUGGAUCGGAUUCGUUUAUCUACUUAUAGGACAGCAUGUAAGCUUCGAUUCGUGCAGAAAAAAUGCAAUGUGCACUUGGUCGAUGUUUGGGAAUGUUAAUCGAGGCAUUCAGAGAAAAUGGACUAAAUACAAUGGAUCCGAAUUGCUGAACAGUGUGGGCUCGUUUGAACUUAUCAUCCUCACAUACUUUACCCAGCUGACAAACGAAUGCCGACCACCCAUCAGAUAAAUGUGGAACAUCCCAUUAGUUUUUACUGCUGAACUUUCUGCUUGCUGCUUAUGAAUGGUUACUGAAGGCCAUGGCAAAAUAUCGGUUUUUGCUGUGAAAGUGGCGUUAGCAACAAUAUGUGGAGGGAAGAUUCUGGAUAAAUUGAGAUAUAUUUUCUCCCAAAUAUCAGACUCCAAUGGAAUAAUGAUACAUGCAAAGUUUGAUCAGUUUCUACGAGAUGUGCUGAAGUUGCCAACAUCUGUAUUCGAAGGUCCUUCCUUUGGGUACACGGAGCAAGCAUCAAGAUCAUGCUUUUCCCAGCAGAAAAAAGUGACACUAAACAGUUUUCUGGACACCUUGAUGUCUGAUCCCCCUCCACAAUGUCUUGUCUGGUUACCACUCAUGCAUCGUCUUGCUAAUGUUGAAAAUGUCUUCCACCCUGUAGAGUGUUCCUACUGCCACAGUGAGAGUAUGAUGGGUUUUCGAUAUCGUUGCCAGCAGUGUCACAAUUACCAGCUUUGUCAAGACUGCUUUUGGAGAGGCCAUGCAAGUGGUUCCCAUAGCAACCAGCACCAAAUGAAAGAAUACACAUCAUGGAAAUCCCCGGCCAAGAAGCUAACCAACGCACUUAGCAAGUCAUUAAGCUGUGCUUCCACUCGAGAGCCUUUACACCCUAUGUAUCCUGACCAGCCUGAAAAAACGCUAAAUCUCGCCCACAUUGUGCCUUCAAGACCUCCACCUAAUAUGAAUGACACAAUGUUCUCUCAUUCAGUUAUAACCUCAGGAAGCCCCGGCACUAACAAGAGCUUCCCUGAUGAGAUCAAUGAAGUAGAGCAGAACAAACAACUGGCUAGGGCUACUCCAGCUUUGCUGAGAGGCAAAGGGUUACAGUACAGCCUUGAUAUUGCUGAUAGACUGGGUGAUGAACAUGUUCUGAUUGGGCUAUAUAUCAACCUCCUUCUGAACAAUUUUCCACGUGUCCUUGACAGUCCAAACCGAUUGGAUGAAGAACAUCGAUUGAUAGCAAGAUAUGCAGCACGACUAGCUGCUGAAGCAGCAUCUUCACAACAGCGCGCUCCCUCUGAUAUAACUUCUACCAUAGAUGCAAAUAAGCAGCAGCGGCAGUUGAUUGCUGAACUUGAAAACAAAAAUAGAGAAAUCCUGCAAGAAAUUCAGAGAUUGAGGCUUGAGCACGAACAGGCAUCUCAACCCACACCUGACAAGGCACAACAGAAUCCAACCCUUCUUGCUGAGCUACGACUCCUCAGGCAGCGAAAAGACGAAUUAGAACAGAGGAUGUCGGCACUGCAAGAAAGCCGCCGAGAAUUAAUGGUUCAACUGGAGGGCCUGAUGAAGUUACUGAAAGAAGAAGAAAUGAGACAGGAAACUCAGGGGGCAGGAUCUCCUCGUUCAUCACCGAGUCACACCAUCAGUCGAACCGUUCCUAUUCCAAUGCCUAUCAGAUCAACCUCUGCCUGUUCAACUCCAACUCAUACACCUCAGGAUUCAUUGACAGGGGUUGGAGGAGAUGUACAGGAAGCAUUUGCACAAAGUUCCAGGAGAAAUUUGAGAAAUAAUCUGUUAGUGGCAGCAGAUUCCAUUACCAACACAAUGUCCUCUUUGGUAAAAGAGUUGAAUUCAGCAGAGGCCGGCAGUGAAACAGAGAGCAAUGUGGACUCUGAUUUUGGUCGCACUCAUUUAGAUGACAUUGUUCCUUCACCAACUUCUGAGAAGGCCUUUCUUGCUCAGAUUAAUGCCAGAAAUCCCAGCUACAUCCACAGUGCUGCUGCAACAGGAACAAUUAGAAGUGAUAUUGUUACAGAAGAUGGUGAAUCUUAUGAUAGAACAGAUGAUGAAAGUUACGAAAAUGAAUCUGUCCAUCAACUUGAACAUGAGUUAAAGCUGGAAGAAUACCUGAAGCAAAAACUGCAGGAUGAGAAUUACCAGGCUAAUUACAGUCAAACUGAUGUUGAGAGCUACGUAAGAACUGACGAUGAUGAAAGCUGCAUACGGACAGAUGAUGAAGAAGGUCUGUCUUCUGGUUUCAGUCAGGAAUGGAAUGAGCACAUGAAGCGUCUCAUGACAAAAUAAGAAUUUUAUAAUUAGUGUGAAUAUUGUAGCAAAGUAAUUUUAAAGGUUUCUAGUUAGAUGUGUUGUCAAACAAUUCUUUUACUAAAAUCUGGGUUCAUCAGCAUCUUCUUUGUAUGGCUCAACUGAGAACAGAAUUUAAGACAACACCACUGUAAUUAUCACCAAGCUGAACAUAAAUGGUGUUGCUAUUUCCAAGAGGAAGCAGUGUUAAUAUUAAGAAAAUAUAUUCUUCACAUUUGUGAUCAAAAUAUUCUGUUUACACUUCUAAUAUUAAUACACUUUGUUUUGUUUCUAGCUGAACUGUGCAAUACUUUGACAAAGCAGUUACGUAUUUUUUCAACUGUGAUAAACCUAUUUUGGUGAAUUGCACUUAAAAAUCCAAUAUUAAGGAACUAAAUAUGAUUAUUUAUUCAAAAUUAUAAUGUCCCAUGAACUACUAAUUUUCAGCAUUUUUUAAUAAGAUGCACAUCUGUAAAAUAGAAGAACUGUGAAUAGUGUCAAGGACACUCUUAGUUAAUUCUGUUCUUGUACUUUGAACCGUAGGUGCCAAAAACAAACACAGUAACCAUGUUGAAAUUGGGUCAUUUUAACUUUUUUUUGUGAUUGAACAAUGGGUUAAAUAAUAUUUUAAACAAACAUGUCCAUUGCUAGUUUAGAUUACACUUUUUGUUUGUUUUCUAUUAUAUCACAAUGAACUCAAACAGACUAGUAUUUACACAUUACUCUCUGUGCAUUGCAAAUAUUUAUGUUUGAAACAUAUAAUUUUGGUUGGCCAUCUGUGUAGUGUGCACAUUGUGAACAAAGAGUAGUUUUAUCAAAUACCGCAGAGAAUUGCAAAUGUUAUAAAAGAAGCAGUGUGAGAAUUUAGAGUUCAAGAGGCUUUGUGGCUUCAUUCUGACUAAUCUACAAGUUACAUAGGCAGAAGGUUGCAGAUACUGUACUCGCAAACACCAUUUAAUUUAAAAUUUGAAGUGUUUGUACAAAACAGCUCCAUGUGAAUUGUCCCAAACUUAAACUUGCUUAAAGCUGAAUUGCUUUAUAAACUUGUUUUACUUAAUAAUAUCUGAUAUCUGUAAUUUACUUAGAAUUCUAUCAGAGAAGCUUUCUGGAAAGGAUGCCACAUUUAAGUGUACCAUAUAUUUUUAUUUGUAGUGUAGAUAAGUAAAAUGAUUUGAUAAUGACACAAGAGUGACACUGAAUAAUCUGUAAGCCUCACAAAACAUAUGUAUAUUGAAAGCUAAAGAAUUGCUGAAAAUAUCCAAGAUUAUUAUGUGGUAACCAUGAAUAUUAUCUUGAAAGCAUGUAAAAUAACAUGAGAAAAUCAUGUGAUUUAAUUGAUAUAAUCAGAUUAAACACUGAAAAGAAAUAUGAUUAUAAUUAUUGAUUUAAGUCAGAUAGUUUAUCUAAAGAGAAUUGAUGUAGAAUAGAGAUUUUUUUUAAACACAAGUGCUGAUAGUUUUCAAUUAAGGUUGAGAGUGUUGUAAGGGAGGAAGGCUUGGCAUGUUUCAGAGUUGCCCUGCACAAGAUUGUGGCCUUCACUGUGAAACAAAAUGUACUCUGUUAGUGCAUGAAGUGAAAACUUGUCUAGUUUUGUUUGUUGCACAGUACUAUAUCUUUUAUUAAUUUUGUCUGACUUUUUCCCCAGUUACAUAGGUUAAUUAAUGUAGAAAUAUAUUAUAUAUACUUAAGUCUCUGUUGCUGAAUUCAGAAUGGAUAAAAUUCAAUAAAAUCGCUGUGAAUAAUAACCAUUUCCUUUCUGUCCAAAAUAACGGACAUUGAAUUUUCACCAAAAAUAUCUGACUACAUAAUGUUUGAACUAACCACAGCAACUGAAAUAUUUAGUUUCUCCAAAAGGAGAGGCUGUAACUUUGAAAGCACUAAAGACUCAAUGUAAAACACUGUUAAUGUAAUAAAACUACUGAUUUAUGUUUUGUGUUGUUAAGUAUUGUACCCAUACGUACAGUGUGUUGGAACAAGCUGGGGACUUGCCAUGUUUCAAGAUUGUUCAAGUAUUUAACUGUGUGUCUGUAUUUUGGAAUGGAAUAUUUCUUCAUUAAAGAGCGAAUUUCUAAAAAGGCUAGAAAUUAGGGUUCACCUAGAUUUCUUCCUUUGUCAUUUAUGUCUCGUUCUUCUGGUUUGGUAAUAUCAACUAUCUAAUUCUGACUGCUUUAUUGAAGGAUGUAAUGCAAAACUAUUACUGAAUAAGAUACAAAGUUUGGAAACCA